AUGAGCAGUGACGGUGAAGAAAAAUCUGAUUACGGCGCGCGAGUGACGAAGCGGCGAGUGCGCGUGCCCAUUGUUAUGGACGAUAAUUCAGACAUUUGCCGUGUUAACGUGAGCAUGCCGCCAUUUUGGCCUGAAAAGCCAUUAUUAUGGUUUAGUCAAAUUGAAAGUCAAUUUUGCAUAUCGAAAAUAAAAGAUGACGACAUAAAAUUUCACCUGCUUAUUACAAACUUGGACCGGAGAUAUAUAAGUGAUAUCGAGGAUUUAAUAACAUCGCCUCCAACGACCGGGAAGUAUGAAAAAUUAAAAAGCGAAAUUAUUAAACGGCUUUCCAUUUCGAAAGAAAAAAAAUUAAGACAACUACCCCAGGCCGAGGAGAUGGGCGAUCGCAAGCCAUCUCAGUUUCUUCGACAUCUACAGCAUCUCGCAGGCCCCAACAUACCGGAAGAUUUUCUUAGAUCAUUAUGGACAGGUCGACUCCCAAGUAACCUACAAACUAUCGUCGUGUCCCAGAUGAGUAUGCCCCUAAGCGAAGUAGCAGACUUGGCAGAUCGAGUACACGACAUCGCCCCAGCUUCACCAGUUGUUGCAGCCACAUCAUCUUCACAUGACAGGUUGGAACAGACCAUUGAGGCCAUGGCUCGACAAAUAUCAGAACUGAAGACGCAGGUCAGUACUAUUAAUUCUAAAAUCGACGAUCGCUCCCGGCCACGUCAUAAACAAAGGUCACGUGAGCGCAGCCGUACGCCGUCGAGAAGAUCACAGUCGUCCUACAGGAAAUUUCCUACCUGUUGGUAUCACUCCAAGUUCGGCAGCCAGGCGAGACAGUGCAUACCGCCUUGCGAUUAUAAGUCGGGAAACGCACCGGGCAGUCUGUAA